ACUGGGACAUUAAACACACGCAGUCAGUCAAUCUCUUACAUGGAAACAAGAGUACAAGAGAAAAGUUUGGAUCAGAAGUUUUGGAUCAUCUCAACGCCAAGUGUACAAACGGACAAUAAGCAAUUCAAACUCAGAAAACCCUAUGACUGGGUUUUCUGAUUUUUUUUCCACUUUUUAGACUAACCGCGAGUGGACUGCAAACUUUUGACAACUUGGAGUAACUGGGUUUUUUUUGGAAGGAAUUUUCUGUCAAGUCUCCGUUGGUUCCUCUUUAUUGUCGUAUUUGGAAUUUAAUUGCGUGAAAAUUCAAGGAGGACUUUGAUGGGCUUGCAGAUAAAGUGAAGACGAGAGAGCAUCAGCCAGAGCUCCCACUGAGUGGAGAACUUCGAGGCUCAAUGAUUUAUUGAGACACGGUCUUACACCAUUGCCUGGCCCGUGGAAGCUACACAACACAGUACAGAUCUUCACCAUGGGACGACUUAUAAUAGCUGCUUUCCUUUGCGUCAUGAUAAGCCAGUGUUUAUCUUCUGGGGUUUUCGAGUUAAAACUGCAGGAGUUUCUCAACAAAAAGGGGGUGGCAGGCAACGCAAACUGCUGUAAAGGAUCCGCGUCCGCAGAUGGGAUUCAGCAAUGUGAAUGCAAAACCUUUUUUAGGAUUUGCCUUAAACAUUACCAAGCCAACGUGUCUCCAGAGCCUCCGUGUACAUACGGCGGUGCAGUCACCCCUGUGCUCGGAUCAAACUCUUUCCAAGUGCCUGAAAACAUUCCUGACAGUUCAUUCACCAACCCCAUUCAGUUCUCGUUUGGAUUUACAUGGCCGGGCACCUUCUCGCUCAUUAUCGAAGCGCUGCACACCGACUCCAACGACGAUCUGUCCACAGAAAACCCAGAGCGUCUGAUCAGUCGCAUGACCACCCAGAGACAUCUAACGGUUGGUGAAGAAUGGUCUCAGGAUCUGCAGGUUGGUGGGAGGGCAGAGCUGAAGUACUCGUACAGAUUCGUCUGCGAUGAGCAUUACUACGGCGAGGGCUGCUCGGUGUUUUGCCGUCCCCGCGACGACACCUUCGGUCACUUUACCUGCGGGGAGCGCGGAGAAAUCAUCUGCAACUCCGGAUGGAAAGGACAUUACUGCACUGAACCAAUCUGUCUGCCGGGCUGCGAUGAAGACCAUGGAUUUUGUGACAAACCCGGUGAAUGCAAAUGCCGAGUGGGAUUUAGCGGAAAGUACUGCGAUGACUGCAUCCGUUAUCCUGGAUGUCUGCACGGUACCUGCCAACAGCCAUGGCAAUGCAACUGCCAGGAGGGUUGGGGAGGCCUUUUCUGUAACCAAGAUCUUAACUACUGCACACAUCACAAACCAUGUCAGAACGGCGCCACUUGCACCAACACCGGCCAGGGAAGCUACACCUGUGCCUGCAGACCUGGUUUCUCUGGGGCCAGCUGUGAGAUUGAGGUCAACGAAUGCUCUGGCAAUCCCUGCAGAAACGGCGGGAGCUGCACUGAUCUUGAGAACACCUACAGCUGCACGUGUCCUCCUGGUUUCUAUGGACGAAACUGUGAGCUGAGCGCCAUGACUUGCGCCGACGGCCCCUGCUUCAACGAUGGGCGCUGCGCUGACAACCCCGAUGGUGGAUACUUCUGCCAGUGUCCGACGGGCUACGCCGGCUUCAACUGUGAAAAGAAGAUCGAUCACUGCAGCUCCAACCCGUGCUCAAAUGGUGCCCAGUGUCUGGAUCUAGUGGAUUCGUAUCUCUGUCAGUGUCCCGACGGUUUCACCGGGACUCACUGUGAAGACAACAUCAACGAGUGCACUGCCUAUCCCUGUCAGAAUGGUGGCACGUGCCAAGAUGGGCUCAAUGACUACACCUGCACCUGCCCGCCUGGAUACACCGGCAAGAACUGCACCUCUCCGGUCAACAAGUGCGUGCACAAUCCGUGCCACAACGGGGCCACUUGCCACGAGAGGGACAACCGUUACGUUUGCGCUUGCGUGCCGGGGUACGGCGGACGUAACUGUCAGUUCUUGCUGCCGGAGGGACACGCCGUGGCAGAGGCGGCCGGGAAAAGGUACUCUUACGACGAGGACAACGAGGAGACCUUUCCUUGGAUGGCGGUUUGUGCUGGGAUUAUUUUGGUGCUUUUGGUCCUGGUCGGAGGUGCUGUGUUGGUGGUCUACAUCCGUCUUAAAGUGCAACAGAGGAGGCAUCACGAGGACACCCACAGUGAAAUCGAGACCAUGAACAAUCUGACCAACAACUGCAGUCGUGAAAAAGACUUGUCCGUGAGCGUCAUUGGAACCACGCAAGUGAAGAACAUCAACAAGAAAGUGGACUUUCAGAGCGACGGUGCGGGCGGAGAAACGAACGGAUUCAAAUCUCGAUACUCUCUUGUGGAUUACAAUCUUGUUCACGAGUUGAAGCAGGAGGACUCGGUAAAGGAGGAUUCGGAGAAGAGCGAAAUGUCUAAAUGCGAGGCUCUAGAUUUGGACUCGGAGGAGAAACAUAGAAAACAUUUAAAAAGUGAUGCUUCAGACAAAUGUACAGAAUCUUUGUGCAAAGACACUAAGUACCAGUCAGUCUUUGUUUUAUCCGAGGAGAAGGAUGAAUGUAUAAUCGCAACCGAGGUGUAACGCCACAAAAGAGCCGUAGCUCGUGUUGUUCUACAGGAGGUUUUACUCCGGUAAUGCUGCUCAAACCAGAGGGAAGGUUUCCUCCUUCAUGUGACUGCUGCUGUGAAACUCAUGUUGAAGGUGAUAUUCAGAAUGAGCUGGUUCUCAACUGAAGUAAACACAGUGACUGCAGGAAAGGACGUUGGGCCACACUGGCCCGGACUCUCAAAGUUUGUUUCCCAGGAACGUGCCAGAUGGACUUGCUGCACUUCCUGUAGGGACGGUUUUACCUCAUUGCACUAUGAUGGGUUGUAUUUUAUUGUAUUUAAAAGACGAAUGAAUCGAAUACUGUGUAUGCAUAUGCACUCACUGCAGUGUGUAUCUGUAUGCUCUCGGAUCCAUGAUGUGGAUCGGAUGAGGAGAAACACUGCCAUCAAAUAUGUUUGUAACUGAUAAGUUGUAUCUCUUUUAUUUAAACGUUAUUUGUGAUCACUGUGUUUGUGGUUUCUUUUUAUUUGUGUGAAGUUUGAUGUAAUUUAAAAUCUUGCUCAUUUUGCAAAUUUGUCUAUUGUAUAUAAGGCACUUCGGGUCAUUGUGACUGUUUUCUGAUGUAAAUGUAUUUAAAUUCGCUGUGGAAACAUACAGGAGUUGUUGUAUGAUUGUUGUCCCUGAAGAGAAUCACCUUAAUAUUUUUCCAAAUAAAUCCUGUAUGAAAUAUUACGAAACCGGUCGGCUGAGUUCAUGAACGGCAAGCGAUGUGAUGUGAAAAAAAGACCGUCUUUGAAUCAUUCUUUUCAUAUUGUAGCAAUAACCAGACUUA